AAAUAGGACAGUUAUACAACGCGAACCAUGAAUAUUAUUUCAACUGUAUUCACGUGUGUGUUUAUACAUACAGUGACACCAGUUGACGUUAAUCUUCUGAAGCCGAAUAAAAAUGGAACGUUUGACGUCGCAGUGAUUGUGACGCCGGGUGCAGACAUUCUGGGACAGGCGUAUCAGCCACUAGGUGAAAAGCUUCAAAGCGCGUUUCCGGGUCGCCUGUGGGUAGCGCUGCUGACAGAUUUCCUGUUUGACACUCCGAACCCACCGGAAGUGAGCCAGGGCGUAGACAAGGCCAAGCAAACCCUAGGGGACCAUGGCUUCAAGGGAAACUUCAUAUUUCUUGCUGGACACAGUUUAGGAGGAGUGUUCGUCGGCAACUAUGGUCUGUCGAACGGCGGUUCCCUGACCGGGGUGAUGCUCUGGGCCUCCUACCUGACGCGCAAUCAUCACCUCCGCGACUAUCCAAUCCCCGUUCUCACCAUUUCCGGUGACGUGGACGGCCUGACGCGGGUAACUAGGAUCGUCGAUACAUUCGAAGAGUUGGAGAACGAGACCAUCCACAACCCGCGGCCGGUCAGCCUUAUCUACUCCACUCCCGUCAUCGUCAUGUCCGGUAUCAACCACGGACACUUUGCUUCCGGCACCAUGCCACCAAAUGUUCUCAAUCACGAUCCACCCGUCGACGAUGACGUCACGUUCGAUUCCGCGUAUGAAGUCAUUUCUGAACACGUGACUGACUUUAUCAUUGCAACUAUUGGACAACCCAUAGAGGAGAAACUAACCGCCCUAGCUGGACUGAAAUCGGCGUACUUCAACACAAAAGCAAUCAUCGACCCUCUGUCCGCGAUGAAGGCCCUAGAUUCAGGCGGCGCCUCUGUUUCUACGGUUCUCGCACAGCAGCUUCUCCUUGGCGCUCAACUGGGAAACGCCUCUAAGAUAAACGACAGCCAUAUUUCGGAGGCAGACGUACUGUUUUACGAGCCCAACGUCAAAGUGAGUGGUGACAUUGCGCACGUGCAAACAUUCACCAACGUUCAGCAGCCCUUCGACCCCAUGGACGUGUCACUGGACCCCCAGACGCCAUCGGAGCUGCAGAGUAUCAUGGAGAGUCAGGAAGGGCUGCACCGACACCUUCCACGUGUCCAUUAUAUAAGGAACAACCUCACAUGCAAAGACUUGAAUAAGUUCCUAUACAACCUAGCCCUGUCAAAGACUUCACAGUCUGCGCAUAACAGGUUUAAUCAUCGGGGUUCGAAUAUUACCAUCAACGACGACGUCAUUUCCGGAUCAAAGGUCAUGUGGGUAUCCUCUAGCCUUGAUCUUGAGUACGGCAGUAACGGGCGUCUCGACGUGACGUCAUACGCAUAUGUGUCAGGAGAUUCCUACGACUGCAAGUUGCUGUGCCCUUACAGAGCGAUGGAGUGGAUCUACAUCGACUCCCUGAAACGCACGCCUCCUUGACAAUAUAAUACUGUUAUUAAUGCUUUCUUGGGUUUUGAUUUAAACAGAACUAAGACAUUUCUUUAAAUGUGUUUUCAAGUUUGUGUACCGUGCGAUAAUUCGAAUGUACUCUAAGGUUUGUACUUUUAAACAAGUUAUUCGAAUAUCAAGCACCUUUUUUAAAAAAUA